AUGUUUAUGCGUGUUGCGACUGCUUCUAUAGCGCUUCUCUUCUCUUUGGGAACUUCGCCGGUGCUGGCUCUGCAAUGUCUCAACGAUGAUCUUGCGACCGUGGAGCCGAUGGGCGUUGCCCUCCCAAUGUACACAAAGCGGCAGGAGGAGCCCACCGCGGUCGAUGUGUACUUCCAUGUCACCAGCACCGAGGCAAACAAGGACAGAAUUACGGAUGAUAUCGUUGAUGCCCAGUUCGAUGUACUGCACUCCACAUUCCUUGACUACGGCUUCGAGCUAAAGCUGGUCAAUGUCUCACGCCUCGUCGACGACGUGGCGGGCAAGGGCUUCUACGCAGAUGACGGUAUCGAAAUCGUGGACUUCGACGCAUACGUAGCGUGGCGGACGCAAACCCGGCGGGGCGGCUACGACGCUCUCAACGUCUACUUUUUCACGGAUCUCAACGACGGUAUUGGAGGGUACUGCAACACGCCGACCGUUGUCGAGGACGGGUCCCAGUACUUCUACCUCGACGGCUGCUGGGUGAACGGCGAUUCCAUGCCUGGGCUAGGUCGCAACGAGACGGCGCCCCCCAACAAGGGCCAUGCUGCUAUCCACGAGGUUGGCCACUGGUUUGGCUUGCUACAUACCUUCCACGGGAGGCCAUGUGAGAGCAUCAACGACCAGGUUGCCGAUACGCCGGCUCAGUCCGGUUCAAGUCUCGGCUGCCCAGUUGGCAGAGACUCUUGCCCCGACUCGCCUGGUCUGGAUCCAAUACAUAAUUUCAUGGACUAUUCAGAUGAUACAUGCACUACGGAGUUCACCCCAGGGCAGUCGGAGCGAAUGCAUCAGCAAUUUGGUGUGUAUAGAAGGUGGCAGGGCUAG